UGUGGACGGUGUGGACCAUGUCACUGAGAGGGUGAAGGAGCACCAGAAGGAAGACCACAGUGGUCUGGUGUAUCAGCGAGGAACUGAACCUUUUGAUAUGUUACUGUGGAGAUGCAGAGAAAUGAGGAGAUGUGGUAAAGAUGCACUGGUCAUCUGAGUGGGCAGAACAACACUAUGACAUCACUUCCACCACAUCACCUCCUGCCCACCCUAAACCUGUUCCAUACCCACAGCACAGUCAUCCUGCCUUCUCCGGUUAUUCCGACGAUAUCGGUGCUCUCAGUGCCUCCACCCUGCUGAAGCGCUAUGCCGAGAGGUAUACCUUCAGUCCGGUCUACCCAGAGCCCGGAGCGUUCCGAAGAAGUGAGCCUGCCCAGGACGCCUGGUCAGUGGGCUACAACCCAGAUGGGAUAGAUGGAAUAAAAGGUUCAUUAGCAAGUGCAAGUAACCUUUCAGAGCAAUUUGGUAAUGGGCCAAUAUCUCAGGAUUAUACCUCCACCUACACCGGGUCACACUUGUAUCCUCGACCCACUUACUUGCACCAGCCUGCUUUUGCCUUACCGACGAGCUACCCGCCUCCUGCCCCGGUCUAUACCUAUGCCCCUGGUCUAACCACCCCUAGUUCUCCUUCCCUGCUACCACCUAUAAGCAGCAGCCUCCAUACCACCCACAGCGCUCAGGCACUGAAGCGGCCCGAGGACACACAAGAACACAACAAGCCUUUUGGAUUCGAUCUAAAUAAAAGCACCAGAGUGUCACCUUACACGGCGAGGGGUAACACUGAGCAUCCUAUCAGCAGUGGUAUCCCAAAUAGCAGUGCAGAUCCACAGCACUUCAGACCAGACAUGAAGGUAGACCAGGUGAGGAAGAGCAGCUAUUCACAGCCCUCAGAGACAACCUCUUAUAAUGGUGCUGAGCAAUACACCUACCCCUGAGGGGGCUCGAUUUAUACAACCUAGUGGAGUGUUUUUACAGCAGUUGGUUCAUCGCUC